AUGGCACUCAUUCAACUUGUUAUACAUAGACCAAGAGUUGAUAUAUCAUUCAUACUAGAGAGUGACUAUAUCAAUCUAUUACAACAUCAAUAUCCUCUGACCACAGAGCAGGUCGACCAACUCCGCUCAGCAUACUUAAGAUUCCUUCAAUGUUAUCUUGGUUGGGUAUACGAUGAUAAGACCAUUGUAUCAUACUAUAACAAUGUCGUUGAUACAUUUGGACAUGAUCAAGUUGACUCUGAACUAUGUCAAUGGUUCAUUUCAAACAAGGACACUGCCGAACUACAAGAAGAACGACGUUCCCUAACAAAGUACCUCACUCAAUGUCUAAUCACAAGUGUAUCACAAGGCAAGGCAACCAAUCUAUUGACCAACCAUCGUAAUGAUCUAUUUGAAUUCAUCAUGACAUUCAAAUAUGAAGUACCAGGUGACAAGGCAAUGGAUAAGGUGUUGGAGAUGUUUGUUGAUAUGAUUGGAAAAGAGGAGAAUCAAAUUAGAAUUAUAUCAUUGUUGACAAAGCAAUUUGGCAACACAUCAGAUACAGAAUGUACUCGAUUAGACUACAUGUUUGAGUUGUUCCAACGACAUAUCAAAGAUAUUGAACAAUGUGUAUCAUGCAUUCAAUCACUCAGUCCACAACAUGUCAGCACUCUACUUCAACGUCUUGGGCCAUCAUUCCAAAAGCACUAUGACAUGUAUGAAACCAAGCUCAUCAACAUGAUUGGUACAGAGACAGUCUACCUUGUGAGGGACAUUGACUUGUGUUUCGAGGGCAAGGUGAAAGGCAUAUUGUCCGACAGAUUGAAUAGAAUGGACGUGUCCCCAAUGACUGUGAUCAGCAAGUCAUUAUCAAUUAAGGAGUCUAUCAUCAUGCCAUUGAUCCACAUCCAUGAUAUGCAUGGCAUUGACGAUAGCAAGUUCAUCAACUCGGCAUUCUCCAUUCUGAUGACAUGGCCAUCAAAUGUUAAUGAUAAUGGUACCACCAAUCAAUCAAACAAGAUAGAUAUCGACAAUAUCUUGGAGAGAUAUCAUCAAGAGUUCAUUCGAUUCAACAGGACUGAUAAGAGGCUCAUUAUCAAUCAUGCCACUAACUUGAUAUUCCUAUCAAGAUGUUGUAGAUUGGACUUGCUAUCACUUGGUGAUAUCGAGGGCAUAAUGAGUGAGGUCAGAUCAGUCGAUCAACUCAAGGAGGUACAUAAACUCAUCAUCAACUCAUUCAUCAGCCCAAUGGACUUGAUGACAAAGCUGGUGGACAAGGUCAUGGCCAACAUAUUGGACAAUAACAUGCAGGUGUUUAAUGGACAACCUGUACUCGUGGAGGCACUGAUGGAUGUUGUCAAAUCAACUGGUGAUGCACAGGUUGUGUUCCAACUACUCAAAUAUGUAUACUGUAUACGAGUUACCGAUUCAUAUCGAUUGAUCAAGAGAAAGAUGUUGGAGCUAUUACCUCGUGACAAUCACUUUACUCAUCAGCAUGGCCUGUUCAAACAGUUCAAAGAGGACACCUACGCCAAGUUGUUUUGGCAUCGAAUCAGAUUGAUCAAUGGCAAGAUCGCAAGCAUGGGUGAUCAUGCCAACAGAUCAUCAUCACUCAUACCAACAUUGUUGAUCAAACAUAUUAUACAACAUAUACUUCUGGAUCCAUACCUUGAGAGUCACAAUCAUUACCUCACCUCAUGA